GCCAAACGUGCUGCCAGGAAACAGCUGCAAUUGUCGGAAUUUUACAAGGGUCAAAGGGUGAUGCAGGUCAAAAAGGAGAGCCGGGUGACGACGGCAGAGGCCUGCCGGGCAAGAUGGGACCAAGAGGUUUUGUGGGGCCAACAGGGGAAACUGGUGUCAAAGGUCAAAAGGGUGAUAUCGGCCCUCGGGGUCAGCAGGGAACACGUGGUGUCAAAGGUUAUGCAGGCGAGCCAGGGCUAAUCGGACCGAUUGGCCCUCAAGGUGACACUGGGCCUAAAGGUUCAGUCGGGCAAACCGGUCUGACUGGGGUCAAAGGUCAAACGGGUGAUAUCGGCCCCGGGGGUCAGCGGGGAGCACAUGGUGUCAAAGGUCAUGCAGGCGAGCCAGGGCUAAUCGGACCUAAAGGUUCAGUCGGGCAAACCGGUCUGACUGGUGUCAAAGGUCAAAAGGGUGAUAUCGGCCCCCGGGGUCAGCAGGGAACACGUGGUGUCAAAGGUCAGUUGGGGCUCCAAGGCCGUACUGGUUUUGCAGGCGAGCCUGGGCUAAUCGGACCAAUUGGCCCUCAAGGUGACACUGGGCCUAAAGGUUCAGUCGGGCGAACCGGUAUGACUGGUGUCAAAGGUCAAAAGGAUGAUGAAGUCCCCUGCUGA